AUGGCGAGUGUGGUGGUUAAGACGAUCUGGCAAUCCAAGGAGAUCCAUGAAGCCGGAGACCCCCCGGCAGGGGCUGAGAACCGGACCCCACUGGGGCCUGAGGUCCCUGGGGCUGGAUCUGGCCCAGGAAAGGGGAUCGCCAAGAAAAAGAAGGCUGUGUCUUUCCAUGGGGUGGAGCCCCGGAUGUCCCAUGAGCCCAUGCAGUGGUGCCUGAAUCUGAAGCGCUCCUCAGCCUGUACCAACGUCUCCCUCCUCAACCUGGCAGCUGUGGAGCUCCCUGACUCCGCCAGGAUUGAGACCACCACCGAUGAGUUGCCAGCCUUGCCUGCCUCUGGGACUUCCUCAACCCCAGCCCUGAACCUGCCGGCCUCAGCCCCAUCCUGGGCCCCUGAUGACCCUGACAUCGCCGACCUGCUGAACGGGGUGAACAGCGGCUUGCUGAGGGCCAAGGACUCCAUCACCAGCCUCAAAGAGAAGACCACCAGGGUCAACCAGCACGUCCAGUCUCUUCAGAGUGAGUGCUCGGUGCUGAGCGAGAACCUGGAACGCCGGAGGCAGGAAGCCGAGGAGCUCGAGGGCUAUUGCUGCCAGCUGAAGGAGAAUUGCCGGAAGGUGACCCGCUCAGUGGAAGACGCUGAGAUAAAGACAAACGUCCUGAAGCAGAACUCGGCCCUGCUGGAGGAGAAACUCCGCUUCCUCCAGCAGCAGCUGCAAGAUGAGCCCCCCCGGCGGCAGGAGAGCGACCUGCCCGAGCUGGAGCAGCAGCUGGAGGCCGGACUGUCCCGCCACUCGCUGGUGUCCUCCUGCCCCACCCCACCCCCUGAAGAGACCACCCGGCCCCCGAGUGAGCCCGAUCCCCAGGCCGAUCCCCAGGCCGAGCCGCAGCCCGAGUCCCAGUCGGAGCCCGAGCUAGAACCCGAGCCCGCUCCAGUCUCCAGCCCCACUCCCACGCCCCACACGGGCAGCCCCACGGAGCUCUUGGGGCCCCGGCUCCUAAUCAACCCCGGGGACGGGCCCGAGGGACAGGGCCUGAGCGAGGGCCUAGGCCUGGUCCAAGUUCAAAGUCAGGCCCGCACCGGGGAGACCGGAGAGCUGGAGCUGCAGAAGGUCACCGCCGGCCUGGAGGAGCUCAGGAGAGAGGUGUCGUCGCUGACGGCUCGCUGGUACCAGGAGGAGGGCGCCGUGCAAGAGGCUCUGAGACUGCUCGGAGGCCUCGGGGGGCGGCUGGACGGCUUCCUGGGCCAAUGGGAGCGGGCCCAGAGGGAGCAGGCCCAGACCGCGAGGGGCCUCCAGGAGCUGCGGGGCCGGGCGGAUGAGCUCUGCACCAUGGUGGAGCGGUCUGCCGUGUCCGUGGCUUCCCUGCGCGGGGAGCUGGAGGGCCUGGGCCCUGUGAAGCCGGUCCUGGAGGAGCUGGGGCGACAGCUGAGCAGCGCCCGCCGAGGCUCCGAGCUCUCCAUGUCCUUGGAUAGGCCGGGCUCCUGCACUCGCUGCGGCAGCCAGGGGCAGCAGUUGUCGUCGGAGACCCUGCAGCAGCUCCUGGAGCGGGCCCUGACCCCCCUGGUGGACGAGGUGAAGCAGCGCGGCCUGGCCCCCGCCUGCCCCAGCUGCCAGCGGCUGCACAAGAAGAUCCUGGAGUUAGAACGCCAGGCGCUGGCCAAGCACGUGAGGGCCGAGGCGCUGAGCUCCACCCUGAGGCUGGCCCAAGACGAGGCCCUCAGGGCCAAGAACCUGCUCCUCACAGACAAGAUGAAGCCUGAGGAGAAGGUCGCUGCUUUGGACUACCUGCACCUGAAGAUGUGCUCCCUACAUGACCAGCUCAGCAGCCUCCCCCUGGAGGGAUCAGCCACAGGCCUAGGGGGAGGGAGUAGUGGAGGAGCCCCUCCGAAACGCGGGGGCCCUGCACCUGAGCAAUAAAACCUCAACCCCAGCCCUA